AUGGAGUUCCUAGAGCUCAAGCAGGGGAACAUGACUGUGGCUGAAUAUGCAACUAAGUUAGAGGAACUGGUGAGGUGUCGUAAGCUAGGCCACAUCUCCUUAAAUUGUACCGAUAAGGACAUGAUCUGCUUCAACUGUAAGCAAAAGGGGCAUAUUCAGAGAGAUUGUCCAUAUCUCAAGAAUAAGCAGAAUGGUAGGGAUUUGAAUGACCAAAUUAAAGGUCUGAAGGCCAUGGGAAGGGUCUUUAUUCUUAACGGUGUCGAAGCUUCAAAAUCCAAGGAUAGGAUGUUUAUCUCUACCAACCAAGUUGUGACAUCUUUAAAAGAAGAUGCUCAAGUGUACAUGAUCAUGUUUAACCUGGAAGUAGAGACAAAGGUUUCCAUGGGUGACCUUCUUGUUGUCAGAGAGUUUCCUGAAGUGUUUCCUGAGGAUAUAUUUGAUUUGCCACUUAAGAGAGAUAGAGUUCUCCUUAGACCUGGUACCUGGACCCAAUAUGGUCACUACGAGUAUUUGGUCAUGCCCUUCGAUGUGACUAACACUCUUGGUGUGUUUGUGGAUUACAUGAAUAAAUUUUUUCACCCUUACCUUGAUAGUUUUGUGGUGGUAUUCAUAGUUGAUAUUUUGGUAUACUCCAAAGACUAUAGAGGAACACGAAGAGCACUUAAGGAUUGUGCCAUAGACCCUUAA